CUGUGUUAUAAAACAGACGUUUGAAAACCUGCUUGUUGAAUGUUUAUUCUUUCUGUGGUUGGUUACUUGGUUUGAGCUGAAGAGGAUUUACCCCUUCCUUCAUUGCAUUCAUGCAGAUUUUUUUUCAACACCAGGAGGUGGGGACUCUGCUAUGAACCAGUCUGAGGACAAGGAGGAGGCGGGAGGCCCUCCAUCUAAAUCCAUACUGAAUGUGGAACAUGUGGGCCAACCUAAAGCUCUGAGCAAAGAUCAAAGGCUCUCUUCAUGCUCUACUCCACCUGGACCUGAUCCUAGCCAUUUGUCUGUGAAGAAAAUACAGAUGAUGUUUGAAUCUACUGAGUACAACAAAGGACACCAGUCUGACCAUAAAAGAUCUGAACAUGGAUCUACCUCUAGUGGUGUGUCUUUCAAGAGUGACAUGUCUAAGAGUAAACUUAUAAACCUAAAGGAUCGACAGCCCUCUCCUAGUCAACGAUCUGAACCUGGAUCUGCUUCUAGUGGUGUGUCUCUCAAGAGUGACAUGUCUAAGGGUAAACUUAUAAACUUGAAGGAUCGACAGCCCUCUCCUAGUCAAAGAUCUGAACCUGGAUCUGCUUCUAGUGGUGUGUCUUUCAAGAGUGACAUGUCUAAGAGUAAACUUAUAAACUUAAAGGAUCGACAGCCCUCUCCUGGUCAAAGGUAAGGAUGUAAAUUAUCCUUCACUCAUGAGGUUAAAACUUUCCUACAUCUUAAUCCAUAUUCUUCACUUGCCAUCCAAAUAUCAUCUCAAUACUGAUCUGAACCUGGAUCUGCCUCUAGUGGUGUGUCUCUCAAGAGUGACAUGUCUAAGAGUAAACUUAUAAACUUAAAGGAUCGACAGCCCUCUCCUGGUCAACAAUCUGAACCUGGAUCUGCUUCUAGUGGUGUGUCGAAGGAUCGACAGCCCUCUCCUGGUCAAAGACCAAAGGAUCCCAUUAUUCAACAAAGGCUGGAUUCCAUAUUUAUGGCUCUAGAGAAGAACAUUGCCUGUUUUGUGAAGAGUGAGCUGAAGAAGAUCCAAAAAGUUCUAUGUCUAGAUUACCCAGAAUGCUUUGAGAGUCAGAUGGAAAAGGAUGAAGUGUUGGAAGGUGAAGAGGAGGAGCAGUGGAGGAAUAGCAGAGAGGCACUUCUGAAGAUCACUCUUGACUUCUUGAGGAGAAUGAAGCAGGAGGAGCUGGCUGACUGUCUGCAGAACAGAACUGCUGCUGCCAAGUGCAAACAUGAACUAAAGUCUAACCUGGAGGACAAGUUUCAAUUUCUGCAUGAGGGGAUUCCUUAUGUAGGAAACCAUAGACGUAAUGUAGAUCUGAAUCAGAUCUACACAGAGCUCUACAUCACAUUAGGAGACAGUGGAGAGGUCAAUGAUGAACACGAGGUCAGACAGAUCGAAACAACAUCCAGGAAACCAGAUAGACCAGAAAUAACCAUCAAAGAAGAAGACCUCUUUAGAGGCAUACCUGGAAGAGAUGAACCAAUCAGAACAGUGAUGACAAAGGGCGUGGCUGGCAUUGGGAAAACAGUCUUAACACAGAAGUUCACUCUGGACUGGGCUGAAGGCAAAGCCAACCAGGACAUCCAGUUCACAUUCCCAUUCACUUUCAGAGAGCUGAAUGUGCUGAAAGAGAAAAAGUUAAGCUUAGUGGAGCUUGUUCACCUCUUUUUUAAUGAAACCAAAGAAGCAGGACUCUGCAGGUUUGAAGAGUUCCAGGUGGUGUUCAUCUUUGAUGGUCUGGAUGAGUGUCGACUUCCUCUGGACUUCCACAACAGUGAGAUUGUGACUGAUGUCAAAGAGUCCAUCUCAGUGGAUGUGCUGCUGACAAACCUCAUCAGGGGGAAACUGCUUCCAUCUGCUCGCCUCUGGAUAACCACACGACCUGCAGCAGCCAAUCAGAUCCCUCCUGAGUGUGUUGACAUGGUGACAGAGGUCAGAGGGUUCACUGACCCUCAGAAGGAGGAGUACUUCAAGAAGAGAUUCAGAGAUGAGGAGCAGGCCAACAGAAUCAUCUCCCACAUCAAGAUAUCCAGAAGCCUCCACAUCAUGUGCCACAUCCCAGUCUUCUGCUGGAUCACUGCUACAGUCCUGGAGGAUGUGCUGAAGACCAGAGAGGGAGGAGAGCUGCCCAAGACCCUGACUGAGAUGUUCAUCCACUUCCUGGUGGUUCAGACCAAAAGGAAGAACAUCAAGUAUGAUGGAGGAGCUGAGACUGAUCCACUCUGGGAUCCAGAGAGCAGGAAGAUGAUUGAGGCUCUGGCUGAUCUGGCUUUUGAGCAGCUGCAGAAAGGAAACCUGAUCUUCUAUGAACCAGACCUGAUGGAGUGUGGCAUCAAUAUCAAAGAAGCCUCGGUGUACUCAGGAGUGUUCACACAGAUCUUCAGAGAGGAGAGAGGACUGUACCAGGACAAGGUGUUCUGCUUCAUCCAUCUGAGCGUUCAGGAGUUUCUGGCUGCUCUUCAUGUCCAUCAGACCUUCAUCAACUCUGGAGUCAACCUGAUGGCAGAAGAACAAACUCCAUCACUGACCCCUAAAAUAGUUGGUUACAACAAUGAGCUGAACCACCUCCAUCAGAGUGGUGUUAACCGGGCCUUGAAGAGUCCAAAUGGACACCUUGACUUGUUCCUCCGUUUCCUCCUGGGUCUUUCACUACAGACUAAUCAGAAUCUUCUCCGAGGUCUGCUGACACAGACAGGAAGUGACUCACAGACCAAUCAGGAAACAGUCCAGUACCUCAGGACAAAGAUCAGUGAGAAUGUGUCUGCAGAGAAAAGCAUCAAUCUGUUCCACUGUCUGAAUGAACUGAAUGACCGUUCUCUAGUGGAGCAGAUCCAACAGUCCCUGAAAUCAGGACGUCUCUCCACAGAUUAUUUAUCCCCUGCUCAGUGGUCAGCUCUGGUCUUCAUCUUGCUGUCUUCAGAAAAUGAUCUUGAUGUGUUUGACCUGAAGAAAUACUCUGCCUCAGAGGAGGCUCUUCUAAGGCUGCUGCCAGUGGUGAAAGCCUCAGACAAAGCUCUAUUAAGUGGAUGUAAUCUCUCAGAGAGAAGCUGUGGACCUCUGUCUUCAGUCCUCAGCUCCAAGUCCUCCAGUCUGAGAGAGCUGGACCUGAGUAACAAUGACCUGCAGGAUUCAGGCCUGGAGCUUCUGUCCUCUGGACUGGAGAGUACAUGCUGUGAAUUAGAAACUCUUAAGUUAAGUGCAUGUAGCUUAUCAGAGAGAAGUUGUGAAGCUCUGUCUUCAGUCCUCAGCUCCCAGUCCUCCAGCCUGAGAGAGCUGGACCUGAGUAACAACGACCUGCAGGAUUCAGGAGUGAGCCUUCUUUUUGCUGGACUGGCGAGUCCACACUGUAAACUGGCAACUUUCAGGUUGGGUGGAUGUCACCUGUCAGAGAGUAGCUGUGAAGCUCUGACUUUAAUCCUCAGCUCCCAGAUCUCCAGUCUGAGAAAGCUGGACCUGAGUAACAAUGACCUGCAGGAUUCAGGACUGCAGCGGCUGUCUACUGGACUGGAAAGUCCACAUUGUAUUCUUGAAAGUCUAAGUCUGUCAGGCUGUCUGAUCACAGAGGAAGGCUGUUCUUGUCUGGCCUCAGCUCUGAGAUCCAACCCCUCCCAUCUGAGAGAGUUGGACCUGAGCUACAAUCAUCCAGGAGAGUCUGGAAAAAAGUUGCUGUCUGUAGGACAGAAGGAUCCACUCUGGAGUCUGGACACACUCAGGAUGGACCACGGUGGAGAGCUGAGGUUAAAACCUGGUCUGAAGAAGUAUUUCUGUGAACUCGCACUGGACCCAAACACGGCACACAGAAAGCUGAAACUGUCUAAAAACAACAGGAAGGUGACACGUGUGGGAGAGAAUCAGUCAUAUCCUGAUCAUCCAGACAGAUUUGACUUCUCACCUCAGCUUCUGCAUAGAGAUGGUCUGACUGGUCGCUGUUACUGGGAGGUCAAGUGGAGAGGAAGUGUUGAUGUAUCAGUGAGUUACAGAAAAAUCAGAAGGAAAGGAGGCAGUGAUGACUGUCUGUUUGGACAUAAUGAUCAGUCCUGGAGACUUUUCUGCUCCCCUAAAGGUUUCUCUGUUCGUCACAAUAACAAACAAACAGACCUCCCUCUCUCCCAGUCCUUCUCCUCUGGUAGAGUAGCAGUGUAUGUGGACUAUGAUGCUGGCUCUUUGUCCUUCUACAGCGUCUCCUCUGACACUCUGACCCACCUCUACACCUUCAGCACCACAUUCACUGAACCUCUCUAUCCUGGGUUUGGGUUUAGAUGGGACUCCUCAGUGUCUCUGUGUUCUCUGUAGGAGGGAGAAUCUCCUCCUCUACACAACAAUUCUACACAACAAAGACUGACUGCUUUGUGUGUGAGCUUAUGCCCUUUGAGAGGACAUACAGUAACUUUAAAGGAACCUCAUUCAUUUUAGUAUCUGUCAUAGCUUGAUUCAAAACAGUUCCCACUGCUUCCACCCCACUCACUCACCACCGCCCAACCCUCCCCCUACUCUCUCUCACACCAAAACCUCACUUUA